CUGCUCCAGUGUGAGCUGGGUUUUCUGUGGUUUCCUUGUAACUAUUGGGAAGAUGACCAUGGACAUGACUUUCCUCGGGACAGGCUCGGCCUACCCGUCUCCUCACCGCGGCGCCUCGGCUCUGGUGCUGCGGACAGAGGGGGAGUGCUGGCUGUUUGACUGCGGAGAGGGGACACAGACCCAGCUGAUGAAGAGCCAGCUCAGAGCCGGGCGAAUCACCAAGGUUUUCAUCUCCCAUUUGCAUGGAGAUCACCUGUUUGGCUUGCCUGGUCUUCUCUGCACUGUGAGUCUUAACUCCAACCCAGACCCCCAGCAGAACCUGAGCUGUGUGGACAUCUAUGGGCCCCGGGGCCUCCGGCACUUUCUCAGGGUGUCUCUGGGCCUCACAGGGUCGCAACUGCUCUUCCCUUAUUCAGUACAUGAGCUGGAGCCCACACCUGACCAGAGUCCAGAAGAGGGGCAGCUCAGUCUGGAGAUGACAGCAGAGUGUGGUCCUCUGCACCCACAGGAGCGGCCAGGAAGGACGAUCUACCUGGAUGACUCCGGUGACAGUUACACCCUCUUCCGAGACAAGAAGUUCGUGGUGAAGGCCUUCAGGUUGUUCCACCGCGUCCCCUCUUUUGGAUUUUGCAUUAAGGAGCACGAUCGACCUGGAAGACUUAAGACAGAACUACUGAAAGAACUCGGUGUGAAACCAGGUCCUCUCUAUGGGCGCUUGAAAGCAGGGGAGUCGGUGACCCUGGAGAACGGACGUGUGGUGUUGUCUUGUGAGGUGUUGGAAGAAGCCAUUCCAGGGAGGAAAGUCUGCAUUUUAGGGGACUGCAGCUCAGUGCUCGGGGAGGGACCACCAAGGUUUUGCAACAGGGCAGACGUUCUGGUUCAUGAGGCCACCCUGGGGAAUGAGCACAGAGAAAAAGCGGUGGACCAUGGACACAGCACACCUGAGAUGGCGGCUGCAGUGGCACGGGCCUGCUGUGCACAGAGACUGGUGCUGUACCAUUUCAGUCAGAGGUACAAACCCUGCUCCCUGAAGAAGGAAGGAGAUGAGGACGACGUCUCAGAGCUCAAGAGACAGGCUGAAGAAGCUCUACAGGACAGUGGUGUAGAGGUGAUUCUGGCUGAGGACUUUCUGACUCUACCUAUUCCUCUCAGAAGGCCAAGGUAAUGAAGAACUGAUAUGAAAUCACUGAUAGUAGAUCUGAUUGAAACACAGCAGCUCUGUUGAUUGGACGGUUACAUUUUAAACAGUACGUUUGGCAGUUGUUACCAUGUUGGCCAUUAUAAGCUUUCCUGUUUUACUAUCCUAUGAUUUGGAAUGUAUGGACACUAAUAUUUUAAAGAUGCACUUAAUCUGGUCGAUCAUCUGUUGUCGUUGAAUUAGUCAAACAUUGUGCCUUAAAAGAUUCAGCUGGGGGUUCACUUGUUCGUAUCACACUGUCUUCAUCAGCAGAUGUUAUGUGAAGCUCAAUUUUUAAAGCGACAUGGAUGCGAACUGCUGAAAGUGCUCAGAAAAAAGAAAACUGCAGUUUAAUGAUGACUGAGAGAACGGUCAAAAGCUCCAGAAAAAGCAACUAUGCUUUGAGCUGAGAUUAUUUUGUCAGAUGCUGUUUUCAGAGUGAACGGCAAAGCUGAAUGACAAGUCAAGCAGGCACAGACAAUUAUCACACCAUAAUGCAGUAAUUGGUGAUAAUCAAAAUAAUACCAAACAAAAUUUAGACCACAUUUUUAGUCUUAUUAAUUCAAUUCAAGUUUCUUAAGUGGUCUCGUUAACUUUGUCAGGUUCUACAUACUUCAAACAAAUUAAAGAUGAAUGAAUUAGAUGUUUGUUUUUGUUUUUUAAAAGAUGUUUGCUGAAUGAUGACAAGUAAUGACCAUGCGAUCAUCUCCGAACCUUUUCCAGAGCUUUAUUUCUGGAUCUGUACACAAGGUAUUAAAGUACAACAGAAAAUACAAAAUAAUGUUUAACAAAGGGAAAAAAAGAAACAACUCAAUGUUUAUGUACAAUUCUUAUAAACAAUAAAGAUAGCUUCUUGAACAUUUCUCAUAGUGAAGUUUUUGAUUGUCUAUAUUUCUGGAUAUACAUUUAAGUUUUGUAGGUUUUUUUAUUCACAAAGGUGUUUUUGUUUUCAUCAAAGAACUCGUUUUCUUUUUCAAAACCACAACUGCUAUACUGUUUUUCUUCUCCUUUUUAAACUUCAAAACAAUACAAAAUAGAAAAUAAAUGUGUUUAGUGCUUUCUCGCACACACGUCUCAUACCAGAGAUAUCAAUAAAAUAUCACAUUUUCGAGAGUUCACAGGGUGGUGAAAAACCUACUUCUACUACUUAAUGGCCUUUACAUUCUGACAGUUUUUCUGAGUCUUUGUACAAACCACAGGUGAAAUAAAUAUCACUGCACUGCUAAAGCUAGAAGAGCUUGGAGGACCUACUGCAUUAUGCACAUUGCAUUAAAAGAGAAACUAGCUCUCCACAUACUUAGAGCAGCAGCCAUCCCUUUACCAUCAAGACAAAUAUAGACGACGACAUGUAAAAAGUUGGGUUUUUUUUUCGAGGAAAGAAAGAUGAGCGUCUUUUACAAAUGGCUGCAAGUUUUGAAUGUAAAAUUGCAACAUUGAUUAAUAUCAAUACGUCUUCAGGUAAAGCCUUUUUCAGUGGUACACUUGAAAGGGACGCAGCUGGCAUGCGUGGUUUCAGCUGCGUCCUGGUGUCUGGGUAUCAUGACUUUCCAAAAGGAGAAAAAAAAAAUUAUUCAAAUACCAAGUCAACCAGUCAAAUGCAAAACACAAAAUAUCUGUACAUAUCUACAAAUUAUUGCCAUUGGACAAGGGGAGGAAAAAAAUUAAACCUUUGUAUCAACACAGAUUCACAAGUGUAAGAGGUCAGUUAAUAGACUUUUUAAAGGCUAUUUGCUAAUUAUUUACAUGAAACGCAGAAGUGAAUCGUCUUUUCUGAUGCUGGGCUUGGAAACUGAAUUACUUGAUCAAACUUAAUUAUGGUUUAUAGGCAUGAAUCCUGUCUGUACAUACACACACACACAAUGGUGAGAACUAUGGACAUGACAAACAUAAUGUACCCCUGAAACAAAUUAAGUAUUCAUAUCACAAUGCAUAGAUAAAUUAAGUAAACACAACUACUGCAUCCAACCAACUGACGAUGACC